AUGUCAUUGUCAUACAGUCAUCAACUAUUAUCUCCUGAUCCUCAUGCGAAACAUAUUGAAGUUCCUUGCUUUAUGCAGAUGCUGAAGAUGGAGCGCAAGGUCCAAUCAGCUAGGCGGCAUGAGUCGAUCUAUUGGCAUUUAGCUUCACAUGGUGUCCCAAAGAGUUUACAUUGUCUUUGCCUCAAACUGGCCGAAGAGUAUGCUGUGAAUGCCAUGGCACGUUCUCAUUUACCUCCACCUGAAUUUGUUUCUCAUCUCACUGAUCCUUCAUUCGAUCACAUCGUUCUUCUAACUGACAAUGUCCUUGCUGCCUCGGUCGCCAUCUCAUCUACCAUCAAGAGCUCAGUCAAGCCAGAGAAAUUGGUGUUCCAUGUAGUGACUGAUAAGAAAACCUAUACUUCAAUGCAUGCAUGGUUUGCAAUAAACUCCGUAAAUUCAGCAGUCGUGGAAGUCAAAGGAUUGCAUCAAUAUGAUUGGCCUCAUGAGGUGAAUGUUGGAAUUCAGGAUAUGCAAGAGAUUCAUCACCUGAUCUGGAGCCAUAAAUAUGACAAUUUGAAGGACAUUGAAUAUAAGGAAGAGCAUGAAAGGAACUUAGAGAUUCUAAACCUCAGCUGUGUUUCCCUUUUGAAUCAUCUGCGCAUAUACAUCCCGGAGCUGUUUCCAGAUUUGAACAAGAUUGUGUUCCUAGACGAUGAUAUUAUAGUGCAACACGACUUAUCAUCUCUAUGGGAAUUGGAUCUCAAUGGGAAAGUUGUCGGUGCGGUUGUUGACUCAUGGUGCGGUCGUGCCUGUUGCCACGGUAGAAAAUACAAGGACUAUUUCAACUUUACAGAGCCAAUUAUAUCUUCAAACUUGGAUCGUGAUCAGUGUGGGUGGUUAUAUGGGAUGAAUGUUUUUGAUCUCCAAACAUGGAGGAAGACCAAUAUCACUGCAAACUAUCAUCGAUGGCUUAAACUUAACCUCAAUUCUGGAUUGACAUUAUGGCAUCCUGGAGCACUUCCACCUGCCUUGCUAGCGUUCGAGGGUCACGUGCAUACCAUUGAUCCAUCGUGGCAUGUUGCUGGGUUAGGCCAUCGAUUUCCACAAGUUUCCCAACAGGUAUUGGAAGCUGCAUCUGUUAUCCAUUUCAGUGGACCCGCAAAAACCGUGGCUUGA